AUGGACGGCAGCACCUCCCGAUCGUCCGACGACAUGGACACGGACAUUAGUGGGGCACCUGAAGAUAGGUCCGGCACAGGACCCGACACCCUCGGCGAGGUGCAUCUCAGCUCCGGCUCCGCCACCGGCGUGGCCGCUACCGCCACCAAGCGCUCCCGCGUCCUGCUCUCCUGCGCUGCGUGCCGCGUUUCCAAGCUGAAAUGCGACCGCUCGAGCCCAUGCGGCCAGUGCAUUCGCAAGGGCCGCCCCGAGGCGUGCCAGUAUGCACCCAAGCCGCAGAGGAGGAAGCCCAACCAGAGCAUGGCCUCACGGCUGAAGCGACUCGAGGGUAUGGUGCGCUCCAUGCUCGAGGACGGGGAUGUUGUCGUCGAUCCUUCGCGAGGGCCGGCAGAAGCGGCGCCGCCACUACCUCCAUCCGUAAGGGUUGCGGAGGGCCUGAGGGCUAGCGGGCAGGUGGUGCAUGGCGAGAGGGGGUCAACAUAUAUCGGUGCCACGCACUUCAUGGCUAUGCUUGAGGACUACCGCGAGUUCUGGGUUGAACCCAGUGGCAUCGACUAUCACUGGCUGUCGCAGCUCUUCAUGGUCAUCUGCCUUGCAAUACACUUCUCCACGUACACGGCCCCCCACGAGCUCGCGCAAGACUCGCCUGAACCGCCCUUCGAAAGGAUGAAGCGUUUCAGGUCCACAGCCGCCUGGUGUCUUGUCAAGGGCAAGUACCACCAGCCCACAGAACAGACGAUAGCCUCGUUCCUCAUGUACGCCGAAACAGAGUUUCUGCUGAAUCGUAACUCGCAAAUGAACUGCUAUUUGCUAGCAUCCACUGUCAUGAGACUGAUGCUCAAAUUGGGUUUCCAUCGGGACCCGAGCAAGCUCUCUCACAUAAGCGCCUUUCAAGGUGAGAUGCGAAGAAGAAUGUGGCAUAUGGGCAUGACAUUGGACCUGCUCGUUUCUUUCCACAUGGGCUUGCCGCCUAUGAUCCAUGGCAUCGAUAGCGACGUAGCGCUGCCACGGAAUGUGCUCGACCGAGAUUUCGGCCCCGAAAGCACGGAGCUGCCACCACCCCAGCCAAUGACGGACUACACAGACCUGACAUAUCCCCUGUGCAAGAACAAGCUCAUGAUAUGCUUUGGGCAUGUGGCGCGGCUGGCGCACUUGCUGACGCCUCCACCUUAUUCAGAGGUACUGAAACUCGAUAGCAGUAUCGAAGAAGCCUGGGAUGCCGUUCCGAGUUUCAUGCGAGUGCGACCUAUUGAAGAGUCAGUAACAGACCCUGCGACCCAGAUCAUUCAGCGGUUCGGCCUUGCGUCCAUUUACAAUAAGAGUCGAUGUGUGCUCCAUCGUCGGUUUUUGGCCGAAUCCAUCAUGAAGAAAGAGCACGACUACUCCCGGGUCCAGUGUUUGAAUGGUGCUGUAACCAUGUUGGAGCACCAGUACCAUAUAUGGCACAUGUGUCAGCCCGGCAAUAUACUCAACCAGCAUGGAUGGUUCGUAUCCUCAUUGGCGAUACACGAUUUCCUCUUGUCGGCCAUGAUUAUAUUCCUGGUAAUCGACAAUGAAAAGUAUCCGCAAGAAAACAGCGGCUUUGGUGACACGACUGUGCCAAGCAAGGCAGAACUAGUGAGGCUAUUGCACCGAGCCCAUGGUAUCUGGCGUUUCGUCGCAAGAGAUCUGCCGGCCGUCAAAAAGACGGCUGACAUUGUCGAGACGAUGUUGCGAAAAAUUGGAUCUCCGCCAGGAUUUUCUCCCGAGGAUUAUGGAAACAACGAGUCAGAACCUUCACCAGAAGACCACGGCGACGCGAUCAAUAUUGGUCUGAGCUCUACUUCUUUGUCGGAUCUGUCCAUCCGUGGUAUGGGGUAUGUCGACAACAUUAACCUGCAUACAAUGCAGGAUCAUGCCUCCAUGGAUCUCGAAACGGGAGGGCAAUUGUGGUUCGGACCCUCCAUCACCAUCGAUGAAGAACUCAGAGAUGCAACAGUGGGCCUCACCAAUGAAUGGGUUCAGAAUGAUGGGUUUUCGGGGUAA